UGCAACCCUGACGCCACGCUAUAUUUUGACAGCUCCUCUCUUCGCUCUUUUUUCUUCAGCCGUUCGCCACUUCAAGAUGACGAAGGGUACCUCCAGCUUUGGUAAACGCCACAAUAAGACGCACACACUGUGCCGUCGUUGUGGUCGUUCGUCCUACCACAUCCAGAAGUCGACCUGUGCCCAGUGCGGCUACCCGGCAGCCAAGCUCCGUUCCUACAACUGGUCUGUCAAGGCCAAGAGGAGGAAGACCACUGGCACUGGCCGUAUGCGCCACCUGAAGGUUGUGCGCCGCCGUUUCCGCAACGGAUUCCGCGAAGGCACCCAGGCCAAGCCCAAGAAGCCAGUCCAGGCCGGCAAAUAGAUUCCCCACUAGAAGCCACUGAACGUCUUUAGUAGCAACCAGCAUCAGCACCAGCACCAUUGGCAUUUCCAUCAGAAGCGGCGACUCAAAAUCUUCAGUGCAGCAAGCUAAUAAAAGCUCGAGCUAAUAAAUGAAAGUUUUUUUUUAUUAAGUGAA